AUGUUGACGUUCAGCCAUCUAGACGCAGACGCAUUCGAGAACCCCAAGAAAAACAGCGGCCGAAAAAGACCCCGCUUUCGGGAGCCCAUAGCAUGUAACCAUUGUCGAAAAUCCAAAGUGCGCUGCGAUCGCAAGUCACCAUGCAAACCGUGCCAAGAUCGUGGAGUAGACACACAGUGCACUUACUCCCGUUCCAAAAUUCCAGCAGUCUCGCAAUCUGCCAAACCAACAGUGUCCCCUCAAAGCACAGAGAUCGAUCAACUCGUCUUAGAGCAGCUGACUCCCCUCUCCUCUGAUGGCGAAAUCCUCAAUCUACCAUCGGUUUUGCCCCACAACCCGACCACUGUCAGUCAUGCCAAUAGUGCCUUUAAAGGGUCAAACUUCAAAACAAGGCUGAUUGGUGGCACGCAUUGGAUGGCCGUAUGCACCGAUUUGCCCGUAAUAGGGGCCAUGCUAGAGAAGACCGUUGAUUUUCAACCGACGUGGAGAACUUUUGCGGAAGUCAAAUCUCUCCUUCGUGUCGCAAAUUCGGUACCAGCUGGCGUGAAUGGAGACAGCAAGAAUCUACUAACUCUCCUUCCCGAUCGAUCAACCUGCGAAAAUUGGAUGAAGCGAUUUUAUGAAACAUAUGGUAGAAUCUACUAUGUGAUCGACCAGAACUGCCUGAUGACGGAGCUGGAGGAAAUAUUUAUCGCAUCCGUCGAAGUCAAUGAAGUGCACAUUCUCAAGAUUCUGUUGGUCAUUGCGAUUGCCAUGCAGACCGACAACUCGUACCGGCUACGCGGACGUCUGUUACUACAAGAAGCGGAGAGCCGUAUUCAUACAUCGACACAGUUCCAAAAACCUUGUGUCGGCGUCAUGCAGGUUUUAUUGUUCUUGAUCAUUAUGAAGGCCAUCACUGCCUCUGACUCUGACAAGAUUUAUAGCCUCACAGGUACCAUAGGGCUGACUACGCAAAUGGCGCUGAGCAUGGGCUUGCAUAGGGAUCCGGCGUUGUUCCCCAGUGUCACUCCUUACUAUGCAGAAGUUCGAAAACGAUUAUGGGCCUGUUUCUUUCGAUUGAACCUUGACUAUUGCAUCCGGAGUGGAUCAAGCUUUGGUAUUCGACUGGAAGAUGUGGACUGUCCCCUCCCGAGCUGUAUCGACCUUUCGACCCUUGACCCAGGAACAAUGGAACCGGCUACCGUGUUGAACCAGGCCGAGGAAGCAACGGACCAAGCAUUCAAUAUUGCUGUAAUGAAGCUUGCCAUAGUGAGGGCUCCAUUACACCAGCGACUCUGUUCCACAACUCCUGAAUUAUCAAGUGAAGUACGGGAUCGAAUGCGCGCUUCAUUCCAUAAGAUCUUGCGCGAGUUGCCUUCGAAUCUGCAAGAGGGAGCUUCAUCAUGCAGUCCAAUUGAAAAGCUUCAGCAAGCCUUGUUGUCAAUUCAGGUGCAUAGCUUCAUGAUUAUUAUCACACUCAAUUUUGUCCUAGGGGUCCCUUCUCAUACUUCGCAGCGGAGCGAUCUCUAUGAAUUAUGGGACAAUUCAGUGUCCAUUCUCCAUCAGUUGCAGGAAGUCCUACAGAGCGGCGCUCAGCUGUCUGGCGUGGCCUACCAUAUACUUUGGACCGACCUUGCCCGCGCAGCAUUGACCGCAUGUUUGGUUGUUGGUCGCCUGCGGAGGAUCAAUAUGGGAGCAUCCGUCUCCAACAACCCCCAGCCCACCCUGGUCAUCUUUCAACAGCUUUUGCUGAAAUACCUAGACUCUUUAUCGCAGAUUUUAGCGGGAAGAUAUCACCUCGGGCCUGUUGCAGCGAAGACGAGACUUUUCCUUGCUGUCGCAACAACUAUCACCUCAAGCCUGGUCGACGACUUUGACGGCUCAAAACAGGGUUCCAACUUCUUACAGGUCGGCAUCAAAGCUGCCGAGGAGGUCGUAACUGAGAUGGAACGUUCUCUGAAACGGGAAAACCAAGAUCAAACACCUGCCUUACUUGGAUUCAACAGCGCAACGACAACAGCUCCACCAAGUGUCCCCACCCCUCUUACAGCAGACUGGAUGGACCAUGCACAACUCCCAGAUCACUUAAUUCAGACCUUGUUUCCGAACGACUGCGACUUUUACCAGAGCUCAGAGUCUCCGGGUAUGGGUAUGCAGUCUGGUUUAUGUUUUCCAUAUUCCAUGGUGCCAUUCAAAUCUACAUCGACGAUCCAAUCCACGACUAACCUCUUGUGGGAAGACACAUAA